AUGAGGAUCCCACAAUUAUCAAGGCCUAGGGCCACUGCACGGCUACCAACCAUCAUCUCACCACGACAUCCAGCCUCAUCCUCCUCUUCAGCCUCGACAUCUCGCUUCUCCUACCUCACAGCCUCCGCCUCCCACCCCUCCCACAAAACCCAAAUCUACCUCUCCAAAUCCACCGACCCCUUCCUCAACCUCUCCGUCGAGCACCGCCUCCUCCAAAUCACGCCCCCGGACUCCACCGUCCUCACGCUCUACGUCAACGCGCCCAGCAUCAUCUUUGGCCGCAACCAGAAUCCCUGGCUGCAGGUGAACCUGAACCGCCUCGCGCAAAUUGCCCAGCAGCCGUCUAGUGUUGGCUGGACUGAUUCGCCUAUCCAAUUGGUGCGCCGGAGAUCUGGAGGAGGUGCUGUUUUUCACGAUGCGGGCAAUGUUAAUUUCAGCGUGAUUUGCCCGCCGGAGCGGUUUGACCGGGAUAAACACGCUGAAAUGGUUGUGCGCGCGUUGAAAGCUCUUGGAAGGCCGAAUACGCGCGUUAAUGAGAGACAUGAUAUUGUCAUGGACGUGGCGUCAAAAGCUGCUGCCGAUAUGGAGACGUAUAAAAUCUCCGGCUCGGCUUAUAAGCUCACACGCCUACGAUCACUGCAUCACGGGACAUGUCUUCUUAACAGCCCCAACCUCACCAGCAUCUCUGGUUUAUUACGAUCUCCAGCCCUGGGAUACAUCGAUGCCCGCGGCGUCGACAGCGUACGCAGCCCAGUCAGGAACAUUGACUUGGAUAACCAAGAGUUUCAAGACGCCGUGGUGAGAGAGUUUGAAAACAUGUAUGGCGAUGUUGACUUCCGCGGUGAAUUUGACGACACGGCGCUUGAAGUGGAUGAAGUGCAAAAGGGCUACCGCGAGCUGAAAUCCAAGAGCUGGAUUUGGGGCCAGACGCCAAAGUUUACGUUUUCGACGCAUCCGACGGAGGAUGAUCCUCGGCCUCGGCCAGAGUUGCCAUUUGAUCUAAACAUGCAUCUUUCCGCGAGACAUGGCGUUAUAGAAGACAUGAGCAUCAAGCAUAGCGACGGAGCUGCCAUCAACGGAUUGGAUGCCUCUGUGUUCCAAGGGACGUCUGUAUGGGAGAUUAUGAAUUGGACAGAAUCAUUGAACCGAGCUGGCCUUGGAGACAGUGUUAGCAAGGAAGCGGGAGAGUGGUUGAAUGGCAUGUUUGGUGCUGAAUAUGCCCGGAUGUCGCCAAAAGAGAUGUAG